AGGAGUUAUUCUAAGCAGUCUUAUUCAGGAGAGCAAUGGCAGCUAUUGCACCAUUUGUGUUGGGAGUUGCAGCAUUCUUUUUUUAUAUUUUCUUCAAGUUUGUACUAAAGAAGAAUGAAACAGAAGCAGAAAUUCCCACUGACAAACAGGAAAAAAGUCAUGUUGAUGCAACGCAGUCGGAAGAAACUGGAAGCGAAAAACAAACCUUAGAGGAUUAUGGGAAAGAAAAAGAAGUUGACAAAGUUGCUGAUGCUUUGCGAACUGCAAUGUCGGAACUUUCCACAAAGUCUGUGAAAGAAAAACCUAAGGAAGAAGUACAGAAGGUCGAGGAAGUAAAAGAUACCAUGAGCCAAACUGUCAAAGAAGCUGUCAAGGAACAAGAUAUGAAUAAAGAUGUUUGUACAGCUCCUACAGAAUCUGAACCAAAACAAGAAGAAAUAAAAAAAAGUGAAGAAAUAUCAGACACUGCAAAAACAUCUGAAGUUAUAACUGAGAAGCCUAAAAUUGUGUCAACAACUCCUGUGGAAAGUUGUGAAAUACCUGUUGUAGAAGAAGCUAUAGGAACUGACUCAAAAAAACCAACUAAAGAAGUAGCCAGUCAAGAAGCAGUUGCUAGUAAUGUUCCUGAAAUACCAGUUAGUCAAGUCAUUAGUGAAACUGUUUCAGAUAAAGAAGCUGACCAAGUAUGUCCUGCUGAAAGUUUAACCAGUGUUCCCAUUUCUGAAACAAAACCUGAACCACCAACUGAAGAAAAAGUUCCUGUUUCACCAGAUUCUGGAAAAACAUCAACUACUAAAGAAAUUACUGAAGUUCUUGAGAAACUCCCAGAAAAGGAAGUUCCAUCUUUUCAAGAAACUGAUAAAGUACCAACUGCUGAAGUACUGAUUAAGUGUCCAGUUACUGAUAAAACCUCUGGUGAACUUGAACAAGUGUUAUCAGAGAAAGUUGCAUCUGUUACUGAACCUGGUCAAAUUCUAAUGGAUCAGAAUAUUGCUACAGCUGGACCUUCUGAGAAAACCUCUGACGAAGUUAGCAAAAUACCUGGUGACGAAGGGGUUCGCCUUAAAGAAUCCAACCAAACACUGACAACUGAACAGAUUACAGAACUUCCAGCCUCUGUAAAGAUUCCUGAAGAAGUUCACCAAGAACCAACUGAGAAAUCUAGUGUACCAACUGAAGAACAUAGUCAGCCAUCCUCUGACACAGCUGAUCUUAUUCCAACAUCUCAGAAAAGUCAUGAGAAUGUUCCAUGCACUGAGGAGUCUAGCAGUGCAAAAGCUACUGAUUUACCAGUUUCCAAGACUACAACUGAUGAUAUUACUGUAAGAUCUGAAGAAGUACCAGUUUCCAAGGUUAUUGUAGAGGAAAGUGACCAAACAGUUACUGCUGACCUGAAUGCUUCUGAACAGGUUCAGAAAGAUCUAGUCAGUGAUAAACAAACUAGUGUCCCACCUACAGUGGAGGAAGUCAAACCUCAGACAGAAGUACAAACUGUUGGAUUAGAAAAGGAAACUCUUUCUAAAGAUGCUAUUUCUGUUAAAGGUACAGAUACACAAUUAUCAUGUUCAGAUGGUACUACAGAGAAGAGUAUUGACUCUUCUAGUAAAGAAGCAUCAGAGCCUGCAGUGACGCAAGAACCAAAAAAGGAACUUCAGGAACCAAAAAGAAGUAAUGAAGGUUCAAGUCCUGAUUUAGGAAGCUUUAUAGUCACAGAUUCUCAACCAAGUACAACACCAGACACUUCUGUAAUUAUACAAGAAAAAACUCCAGUAGAAACUUGUCAGGAAUCAACCGAUAAACAAACUGAGGCUGUUGAAAAAACUGGUGACACAGAAAAGAAGUCUACCUCAUCAAAAGAGGGUGAUACAGCUGGAAAUGAGAAGGUUGAACAGCUUUCCUCAAAGGCUGAAAAGGUUUUAUCCAUGGAUAUCCAACAGCCUGAUGACGAGAGUAUAAAACAGGGUAAAAGUGAUGUGAAUGAGGGAAAGGCUGUUGAAAUACCUGAAAAAGAAUGUACACUACAAGAAAAUACUCAACAAAAAAUACAGGAGAUGGAAGGCAAAGAUGAAGAAGUAAAGAAGUCAGAAGUAAUGCAGAUGACAAAAGAAGAGGUGUUACCUCCUGAAAACAAGAUAGAAGAAAAGCAGUGUGGUAAACUUGAAACAUCAGAGUUGUAAGAAACUGAGGUAUAAAAUGGCAGUUAGUCUUAAGGUUAUAAUAGUUAGAGCUAUUGGUAUUCUUCAUUCUCUAAAUGCAGUCUGCUUUGUCUAAUCACUUAAAUACAGCAGUAGUUCAGAUAAUUAUCCUGUCAAUAUUUGCCUUAAAGGAAUCAACAAGGAAUUCCUUGUGUACGACUGCUUUUUUUUUAUUUGUUAAUUAGGAAAAAUUAAAAUAAAUAUUUUGAAGAAAUAAUUGAUAUAUAAUGCUUCAGUGUGCAUGUGUGUGUGAAACAAGUAUGUUUGGUUCAGGAAGAAUGAUCUGAAAGAUUUGUUAUUUUACACACGAAACUGUUUUAGACAGAACUAUACAAGGUCAAAAGUUGUUCACAUUUGUGUUUAGUGAAAUGUUGUGUAAGUUAAGAGAUUAGUAGUAUUUAGCAUCGAACAGAAGAAAAUUAAAACUUGUAUGAAAUGUGGUGCUAUGUUAGAGUUGUGAUACGCUUAUUUUGUGUAGUAAUUUAACAACUUUUCUGCAGCUAGCUUCUUUGAUAUUGGCCAUCAGUAAAUGAACGUAAAUAUAUGUUUGAUAUUGACAUUAACUAAAAUUAAAAUUAAUUUUAUUGAAUAAAGAAAAACAGUUUAGUCUUAUAAUCUUAGUACUGUGAUAACAUGUAGGAUACUCUGGUAUAGCUGUAAAUGUUUAACUUUUGUUUAUUAUUAAGGUCUAUUCUGAUGUUAGAAUUAACCUUUCUUACGUAUUUAUAAAGCUAUUAUCUUAAAUUUCGUUUUAUUUAUGUAUCUUUGUGUUUUGUGUUAAGCAACUAUACGUAAAAUUAAAGAUUGAAUUGCAUGUUCUUAAAUAUUUUCAUUAUGAAAAUGAACAGUUCCUUUAAAAUGUGUAGAGAUAAAACUAGAUUUUAUUCAAAGGUAAGUGAAAUUAAUAAAGUUAGUUGUUUUAAGCACAUGUCAAUUGGAGAUGCUCUCAGGGCAAGACUUUUAUAACUUUUAUGUAGAAUUAAUCAUUCUGUGCAUGCACUGAAAUCACAGAAUAUUACAUUAUUUUCCUGUACCCAAGCUAAUGUAGUUUUUAAAGUCUGUUCUACUGGCAGGAAAACUUGUACACAUGUAACUGUCCUGAUAUAAUUAUUGCAUCAGCUCAUAACAGAAACAAGAUAAGAUUUGAAACAGUAAAUUAUCUUAGAAAUAAUCCUCGUUUUUUUAUUCUUGUACUAUUAACAGAUUCAGCUAGGAUUUUUCAUAUUUGUUUGAAUUUUCUUUUGUCAUUAGAUGAGUUUAAAUAGAUAUAUAUAUAUGUGCAUGUUUUAUUACAUGAUAAAAUAUCAAGAUUGUCAAAGUUUUUGAUACUGUUCAAUGUUUCAACCAGAGAAUGCUUCAGCUGUAUCCAGGCUUGGACCAUUCAGGGAUUCUAGGAUGAAUUUUAUCCCUGGAGAUAUAGCCAUGAUUUUUUAUUUUUUCUCAGAAUUGGUAUGAUUUUUGCAUUUGAUUUAAACAACAGAUGUUUGUUGUUUUUGCUAAUUGAGUAGGUUUUUUCAGUGCAUACUCACUACCAGGAAACCAGGUUUUAUUCCUAGCACAUGGACCCUACAGUCCUAGCCUGGCUGUAUUUGUAUGUGAGGAAUGUGGUGAGCUCUGGUUCUGGUUUUAAAAUAAUAAUUAUGGAAUAUUAUUUAUUAAGGUGGUGUUGAUUGGUUCUUUCCCCAUUGUUUUACUUUUUUGUUUGUUUACCGUAAGUGUUGUUUAUUAUGCAUGCAGUCAUUAAGACCAUGAAGUUAUUAAUAAUUUUUUAACAGUAUAGAAUGAAUUGGAAGCUUCAUGAUCUUUUAAUUUUUUAUCUUUUUUAUCUUAGCUUUUUGCUUAAUCAAGGUUGGUGAUAACAUAGUAGAUUAAUUUUAAUUGAAAGUGCCUUGAAGAGGGAGUUCAUGCUGAUGCUCAAAAGAUGGUAUUUAUAUAAUUCUUGUUUAAUUAAUAAUUUUCCUAUACAUUUUUCACUAUACAAGCUUUAUUGAAAUAUUAGAAUAAACAUUAGAUUGUAACAAAAUAAUUAAUAUAUUUAAUGUACUUGUACCUUUAAAUCAUUUGAGUUACUAAAAACAUUUUCCUUUUUUUAUUGGGGAGUAGCAAAAUAUAUUUUAAAAAGUGCUGCAGUUGUGAAUUUUAAUAAUAGUUUUUAUGUCUAAUCCUUGUUUUUCUGUUUGACACCAGUGACUUAAUUGUACUUAUGUCAGACAUAAGUCAUGUGAAAAAAUAUUGAUAUAUUUACCCAAGUCUGAAUAAUUAGAAGAUAAGUUUAGUAAGUUGAAAAUACCUUAUAAUAAUAUCCACUUCAAAGAAAUACUAGUUUUUGUGUUUUCUAAUCAAAGGUUAAUAUAUUUGUGGAAUACAAUGUUUAAGUUAGUUGUAUCUUUUCUCUGAAAGUUGCACUGUGUUUUCUCUAAUAAUAUUUUCAUGUAUCACAAUUAUAAUUAACAACCUUAAAUGGACAAAAUACAUUGUAUUUGUUUUAUUCAACAACUCUCAUAAAUACAUGUGACUUGUGAGCAUCGUCAAAGAUGUUUAAACUGUAGUAGUAGAGUUAAAAAACAUAGGUUAAAGCACUGUUUUGAAGAUGAGUUGGGAAAACCAUUUUAGACAAGUAAAUUAUCUCUAGAAAUGCUCUUUUAAAUCUUUUAUUUAACUGUGUAAAAUUGAAAUUGUAAGGAUGUUUCUUUUAUCCUGCCAAGAACCAUUGUUUCAUUUUAUGCUUUGAUAACAGUUUUCCAAUGUGUAUUGUUUGUGAAAGUGAUGUUGUAAUUAUAAAGAAGAAUAAAGAGAAAAAGUAGGAACCUUGAUAAAAAGGAUUUCAAUAUUUAUGUAUCCAGAGAUAAUGAACUUCAGUAUAUUGAAUAUUUAUUACAUUAAGUAUAUAAAUUGUCAACUAACAACUGUAAAACAAAUGGCUGGUUAAUUUCAUGGAAAUCAGGUUCUAAAACUUGUUGUAUGUGUAUGUAACUAUCUAUCUAUACUAAGGAUUUUUUUCCUGGCCAAAGUUAUUGAGACUGUACCUUAAAGCUUGAAUAAAUGCAAAAUUAUACAUAAUCCCCAGAUG